GAAGGAGGGGACCCGCACCUGCAGCCCCUGGGAAGAGCCUCCGCUGCAGGGCUGGGACGCGGCACUCGCCGCUCCGCCCGACCUUCUUCUGACACUGCCAGGACGGUCCCAGGAUUAAUUUUUCUCCGUCUCCAUUUACAUGGUGAUAAGAAGUGCUAAUCCCACUCUGUCAGUCUGGACUGAUGAAUCUGAGGAAUAGAACAGAGCCCUGUGUUGUGUAAACGAACUGAUGGAUGAAGAUGAGAAGGACAGGGCAAAGAGGGCAUCACGCAACAAAUCUGAGAAGAAGAGGAGAGACCAGUUCAAUGUCCUCAUUAAGGAGCUUUGCACCAUGCUGCAGGGCCAUGGCCACCCUCUCAAGAUGGACAAGUCCACAAUCCUGCAGAGGACCAUCGACUUCCUACAGAAACAGAAAGAAAUCACAGCACAGACAGAAGCCUGUCAGAUUAGACAAGACUGGAAGCCUUCAUUUCUUAGCAACGAGGAGUUCACCCAGUUGAUGUUAGAGGCACUGGAUGGCUUUCUCAUUGCUCUUACCACUGAUGGGAUUAUUAUUUAUGUGUCUGACAGUGUUUCAUCUCUGCUGGGACACUUACCGUCAGAUUUGGUGGACCAAAAUAUAUUGAACUUUCUGCCUGAGGGGGAGCAGAGCGAGGUGUACAAGCUGCUUUCUCCACAUGUGCUCAUGACAGAUCCUGUUGCAGCUGAUUUUCUCAAUGCAGAAAAACAAAUAGAGUUUUGUUGCCAUUUAGCAAGAGGCAGCUUAGAUCCAAAUGAACCCCUGAUGUAUGAAUAUGUGAAAUUUGUAGUGGAUUUUAAAUAUUUUACUCAUGUGCCUACGCCCUCCUGUAAUGGCUUUGAGUCAGCUAUUGCACGGGCUUUCAGGUCAGCCCCGGAGGAGCAGAUCUGCCUGGUGGCCACCGUGCGCCUGGUCACGCCACAGUUCCUCAAGGAGCUCUGCAACGUUGAAGAGCCGUGUGAAGAAUUUACAUCGAGGCAUAGUUUAGAAUGGAAGUUUUUAUUCUUGGACCACAGGGCUCCACCUAUUAUAGGAUAUUUGCCCUUUGAGGUUCUGGGAACGUCAGGGUAUGAUUACUACCACGCAGAUGACCUGGAGCUUCUUGCUAGGUGCCAUGAACACUUGAUGCAGUUUGGAAAAGGCAAAUCCUGUUACUAUAGGUUCCUGACCAAAGGGCAGCAGUGGAUAUGGCUGCAGACUCACUACUACAUCACCUACCACCAGUGGAACUCCAAGCCUGAGUUCAUUGUUUGCACUCAUCUGGUAGUUAGUUACGCAGAGGUUCGGGCUGAGAGAAGACGAGAUCUUGGCCUUGAAGAGUCAUCAAUUGAACUGGCAUCCUCUUCUCUAAAGAGCCACAGCAGCUACCUGGAGGUGGGGCAGUGCGGCAGCAGCCAGGACGCCAGCCGGGAGGGAGUGUCGCUGUCCUCGCACAGCUCCCGGCGCUCCUCGCACACCACCCUGUCCGACUCCACCUCCACAUCGUCCAUGCGGCGCACGGACACCAGCACGCCCACGCGGCCCGGGGCUCCGGGGGACAAGGCCGCGCUGCGGCUGGCAGCGCCCGGCGGCGCCCAGCCAGUGUACCAUUUCCCCACCCAGCUGGGGAUGAUGCACCAGCUGAAGGAGCAGCUGGAGGAGAGGACUCGCAUCCUGCAGGCUGACAUCAAAACACAGCAAGAGGAGCUCCAUGUCAUCAAGGAGCAGCUCCAGCUCGUGCAGGACUCCAACCUGCAGAUGCUGAUGCAGCAGCCGAUCCCCGUCAUCCUCAACGCCGCCGUGCAGCAGCCGGGCCCCCGGCGGCCCCAGGGCACGCCCCGGCACAGCGCGGCCAAGAAGGCGCAGCAGCCAGCCCUGCCCGGGACAAAGCAGCACUGCAGCCCCCAGCUGCUGUCGCCGCAGCCAUUCCUCAGGGACCCCUGUGGCACUGCCCCCCAGGUACAGCAGCAGAAGCAGCAGCACCCCAUGAGAGGAAGCCAAGGCCAGCAAACGUGUGUGCCAGGGCAGGGCAGCAUCCCAGUGCCCUUCUACAACAGCCCCAUGGUGUUCUCCCAGGCUCACCCCAUCGCCGUGGCUGCACAGGUGCCCACUGACAGCACUGAGAGGCAGACACCAGCUGAGUACAGCCAGGACAGGAGCCUCAGGAUGCUGUUGGAUCAGUCCAUCCAAGCCAUGAUGCCCACAGCCAACAGCAGCUGCCAGCCCGUGCAGAGCAGUGCCAGCAGGCAGCAAGGAAAGUUUGUUGCAGAGCAGCAGGGCCUGGCUCCCCCAGCAGCACAGGUGCCGCCAGCCACCUGCAGCCCCGCCCGGCCUGCAGCCCCGCCGCCCAUCUUCUCGCCGUCCCUCCUUGUCCCACACUCCAGCUUCGCCUCCCACCAGCCCAGCACACCCCUGCACCUGCACCAGUGGCCACAGCAGCAGGUUCAGCAGCACCGCCUCUACCUUCAGAUGCAGGGUCCCGAGCUGGUGCCUGGGGCUCCGACGCAGCGCAUUUUCCAGCCGCCCCACGCCCCGCAGCAGAACCCCCUGAGCUACUUCCUGCACCCACAGCAGCAGAGCCACCACACACAGGGCCAGCCCUGCAACCUGCCUGACCUGCCCGAGAUGCAGCUGCCCUGAGGUCGCUUGUGGGGACAAGGAGCACACAGUGCAGCCGCCGCGCCCGGCGCGCACGGGAGAGCACAGAGCUGUCAGAGCACGGCGCCGGAGAGGUCGGGCUCAUGGGGAGGGGUGCCUGCAGGGAUGGAUGGUCUCUGACAGGGGUGCAUGGCUGCAGGGGCCUGCUUUGGGGGAUUGCCAUGCAGCCAGAUGCAUGGGAUGUAUUCCAUGAUGCUGUUCCAGCAGCAGGGUGUGCCCUGGCCCAGCACCAUGGUGCCACUGGGAGUGGUGCCUGUUGCUGCAGGGAGGGCAGGUAUCGGCAUCAGGCCGUCAUGGAGCUCGGUUUGCAAUGGAAAAAAACCUUUUUCCAUUCAGGACUUCAAUGCUGAAAGUCACUGUGAAUUUAAGCUCGGCAUUUGGAGCACAUAGACUGUACCAGUCCACAGGACACCAUUGGAUUUCCAUGUACAUAACUUGUUUUGCUGUAGUAGGUCCAUUGUGAAUUCUUUUUCCUUUUUCUAUACCUCAGUCCCGCAGAUUUUUUUCCAGGAGUUUGGAUAAUGCUGCUAAUUUAUGUAACACCACUUUUGCCUGAAUUUCUUACUGUUGUUAUACCAGCUCACAUCGCAGCUAGUUCAAUAUUUGUCAUGUUUUAUUUUUGGUUAACAAGUGAAGAUAAAUUUGUAUGGUUUUUACUCCCUGUAGCCAAAUAUUUUUCAGGUUACAGACAAAGAAUCUUUACUCCUUUUUUUUUGUUGUUGUUUCAAGUGAUGUAGUUGUAAAUGUUUCUAUUCGUAAAAACAAACAAACAAACUUGCAUAGAACAGCAUAUGACAGCAAACUUUGUGGUUUUGCUAGGUCAUAUUUCAAUUUGGCAAACCCAAAAUGUAUAAUCACAACACACGAUGUUACAAGCCCAUAGGGUCAGCAAUAAAUUGUAUUUUUGUAAAUUGUCACUUUUUAACUGUAAGUUUAUAUUUAUGAAUUGAAAAGCCAGUUUAUUCCUCAGUGGGUGUAUAGUCAAGUGUCCCUACUGUUUGUGUCUUUCCAAAGGAAAACUUUGAAAGUACAUUUUUGGAGUGUUAGUAGCUGAGUACUAACUUUGGGCAUUGUUAGAGCCCAAAUGUAGAUGGGUUUGGCCAUUACUAUAAACUUUGCAAGGCAGUGAAGGCAGUGGUUAGUUAGGACCAGGGAGCAGAGGACCAUUAGGACCAGAGCAGUAAAGCUCUAGCUGGCAGACAGAGCAAGGUUUAGAGAGGAGUUAUUAGUUCCUAAUGUCUGUUGAAACCCAAGUGAAGAAUGCUUGGGUUUGCCUUUUUUUUUUUUUUUUUUUUUUUUUUAAAUAUGGUGUUUUGGGGUUUUUUUUUGUUUCCUUCUUUUCCUUCUGCACGCCUGUUUCUGGGCCCUUGCAGCACUGCAGCAGUUCCUGGUGUUCCUGGUGGGGCAGCUUUUGGCACAAGCAGCUGCCAGGAGCCCUGUGUUUUAGAAAAGGGCACAGCAGGGCUCCAGGGGCUGUUCCAGCAGCUCCUCCCGGGCAGGGGAUGGGGUUUUGCUGUGCCACAUUGCCUGGGGCAGUGGCAGGACAGGCUGCUGGAGCUGGGGUCAGCCAGGAGCUUUCAGGGACUGGUGCAGGGCCCUGGGGUGCUUUGGUGUUUGGCCAGGGCAGAGGUGGAUUUGUGAAAAAGCUGUGCCAACCCCUGGCUAUUCAUGGGUCCCCUUCCUUGGGCAAAAGCAGCUGCAUGGUUGGCUUUGACUGGGACACUGAAUGCACAGCUCCCAGACACGAUGGAUCCUGGGUUCAGAGCAGCAUAAAGACAUUUUUCCCCACAUGCAGCGUGCUGGGGAAUGUGGCUGCCCACAGGAUGGAGGCAAUGAGGUGCCCAACAGCCUGUGUCCAAUACCAGGGCUCAGCACAGACCCUGCCCACACAGCACAUGCAGCCUCUGGGUGCUUGGACACUGAGCCAGCCCCUCCGUUUCAAACCAGGACAGGAAAUCGUGGCUACAGCAGAGCCAUGGGCCAGGGCCACCUCACUGCUGGUACUGGGAUUUGGAACACCUGCCUUUGGGGGGCAAUCUGGGGCUGAAAUAUUAUCACCUGGGGCUUCCCUGCUCUGCAGGUUUGUUCUGCACGAAGCGCCAGCACAGAGCCUUCAGGGUAGGAAACACUUGUUUUUAAAGCACUCUUAGAUUUAGGGUCUCCUUUUCCCAUUGUAAGGUAGCUGGGUUGCUCAUGAGGAUGCAGUAGGAGGGGGUUGUAUUUUUGGGAGUUGUUUGUGGGAUUUUUUUUCCACCAUAGCCUUGGCACAUAAAACAUUAGAGGGGAGGCAAACCCAUAUCUGUGUUAGGGCUCCAGCACUGCACAGUUUGUGGCUGGCUGGAGGGAAAGGCUGUGGUUUCCCUGGCUUCCCCAUUAAACCUGCAUCACCCCAGCAUCCCCAUGGCUGCUCUGCAGUGUCCCAGCACCACACAGCCCAGCCAUGGCAGGUGGCACUCACAGACAUCUCAGAGGUGGUGGUGGAUGGGGUCAGGGCCUUGAGGGGUGUAUUUUUUAACAGGGCUUGGUAGGGAGGAAGCUGAGGCAGAGCAGUUUUCUGGCAUUGCUGUGGCAUUGACAGCGAGUCCUAAAAAUAAAUAGGGUUGGGAAGGGGUUCUGGGGGAGUGGGGGUGGUGGGUGUGCCAGAUGGGGCACAGCCCUGCUGAUGGCAGCCCUGGGCUGCAGGGACACGGGGCUGGGCCACAGCCCCUGCUCACAGCUCCCAGCCAGGAGCACAGGAGCUUGGUGAGGAUGUUUACAUGUUAGACCAGCCUUGCUAAAAGCAGAGACCUAAAAAUGCACUUUAUCACGUGCCCCCUUAUUCUCAAAGCCCCCCCAGCCACUGGCCUCGCUGCUGGUGGGUGGGGGCUGCACAGUCCCAGGCACUGCCUCAAAGCAGAGCCUUGUUUUCUCAACAUGUUCCAAAGGACAAAAUCCCACCGACCCUUUCUGGGGCUUGCUUGGUCUUUGCUCAGUCUGCCUCCAGCCAAGGGCAAGGCUGAGUCAGGGCCAGGGGGGUUUUGCCUUAUAUUGUCACUCUCAAAAAAACAGAUGGAUAAAAGAUGUCUUUAUUCAGGUUGAUUUGUAUUUGUUUACCUCGGUGUUAGCUAUGACCUGUGCUUUUAUGACUCAUUUGGAAUUGAGGGUUGCUGGUAGGUUUUGUUCAUGCCCCCCCAGCCUCCUAGAAGAAAACAAAAGUGUGACUUGUUGGUGAUGAGCAGAGGGCAGGGACGUGACUGAUGGCAGCAGGGUUGGCCUCCAGUGUCGGUGUUGACCUAUCAGUCAUAAAUGUUCUGAGGUUUUCUAGUACACAAAUACCUAUAUACCAUAAAUAUAUAUAGAUAUACGUGUUUUUAAUGUACACUUAUAUGUAUGCAGAUGUAUAUCUAUAUAUAAAUAUAUAUAGGCCACACAAUUCCAGACCUCUGAAAACACAGGCAGCUUUAAAUAAUAAAGUCUUGCACUUUUAGCAUAUUUGUACAUAUAAGCUAAAGCCUGGUGGGUAUAAUCAGGCUGAUUUGACAAACACAAUGAGGAGUUACUGUAUAUAUUGUAUAUAGUCCACGCAAGGAAAAAAAAAAAGAAAAUAAGAAAAACUCUAGAAUUGAGUAUAAAUCUUGGUUUAUUUUAUAUGAUGUUGAAUAUAAAUACAUUUAUAAAUGUUAUUAUUCUUAAAAGUAUUUUGUAAUGGGAAAAAGUAAGUGUCUUAUGAAGAUGAACAGUAAAGAUUUUAUUCUUGUUUUGAAUCUAUGUCCCUGCACAGCUCCAUUGAAUUGGAGCCCAUGCAUUUUGACAAGCUUUAAACAGAUUGUACAUCGUAUUUAAAAAAAAAUUAAGAAGAAAUAAAAUAAUACUUGUAGGACCUCUUA